AUGGGAGGAGCGUCCUGCAGGGAGGAGGCGAAGGAGGAGAAGAGGAAGAGUGUGGGGGGGGGGGGAAAUCUGUCGUCAGCUGAUCGGAUCCGGAAAAUCACCGUCAGACAGUUUGGAUUCAACGUCCUGAGCCUCGCCCGUCGAGGACUCAAGGAGGCUCCAGAUGAAUUGUGGGAGUUGUUGGAGCUGCAGAAGUUGAACCUCUCUCUGAAUUCUCUGAAGUCACUUCCUGCUCCGCUCGCUCUGCUCAGAAACCUGGAGGUGCUCAACCUGUGGGGGAACCAGAUGAGCAGCCUGCCUCCGGAGAUCGGACAGCUGAAGAGACUCCGGGUUCUGUUCGCCUACAGGAACUGCCUGACGGAGGUUCCUGCCGAGCUGGGAUCCUGCACACAGCUGGAGGUCCUGAGUCUGGCAAACAACCAGCUCUCCUCCCUGCCAGCCUCUCUCUCCAGUCUGACCCGCCUCAGGAAGCUGAACCUGAGCCAGAACCACAUGCUGCACCUGCCGGGCGCCGUCUACAGCAUGAAGGCUCUGGUGUUCCUCCACCUGGCCGGGAACCGUCUGGAGAACCUGGCGGAGAACCUCCAGUCUCUGACGGAACUGAAGAUCCUCAUCGUGGAAGGCAACAACCUCCACUCCCUGCCCAAAGCCCUCUGCAGCCUCACCAGGUUGGAGCUGCUGAACCUGGACUUUAACGACAUUAAAGAUGUCCCUCAGGAGCUGCACCAGCUGUGUCGGCUGGAAAGGCUGGCGUGUCACCCUCUAGAUAAAGGACUCCACAUCGUCCACAACCCACUGAUGAAGCCGGUGAAGGAGGUGCUGGAGGGGGGGCUCAGUGCCCUGUACAGCUACCUGAGGGCUAGAGGGGGCGGGGCUUAAAAAAACCCUCAUUUGCAUAUUUAAACAUUUACAGAAAUAUUGUUAUACAAAAAAUAAUUGUCUUAAUGUCAGAAAUUCAUUCAACACAUUGUACGUGAUAGGCUAAGGGGGCGGGACAUCUCUAUGGGGUUGACCAAUCACAACUGAGCUGACCAAUCAGAUCAAAUCUGGUUUCAGACAGAGGGUGAAAAGAGGUGCUGCAGCACAGGCAGUCUGAGAGAAAUAAAGAGAUUUCUGAACAUUAGAGCAUGGAGACAUGAUCCACUAGAGGUGAGGCAGUUAAUCCACCACCAGGGGGCGCUGCUUCAAAACACAAACACUGGUUUUGGUCAGAUGUAAAUUCCUGUCUGGGAAAAACAAAGCACACAGAUGAAAGGUGAGCUCUGAUUUAACUUUUUAAUCGUCUUCUUGAAUCAAAAUCUUCUAUUUUACAUGUGUACCUGGGCAGAGUUUGAUAGAGUAAGAUAAACUACAAGAGGUGAACUGCAUGUAUUUACACUACCUGCAGUAUAUUUUGUAUUAGCAUACUAGUAGUUCAACUACAAUUGCUUUUGCUAACAAGUAGUUAGAGUAAUUUGGGGAAUUUUAUUGUUAUUUAUCUGUUUAUGUAGGCCUGUGAACUAGUGCACUUUUAGAAAUAACUCAUUUGUUUAGAGAUUUGUCUUAAACGUUUAUUUUCCUAUAUUUGUGUUUUGGUGGAAAUUAAAUCUCUUUAUCAAAAGCUAAAUUUACAUUUUAAAUGAAUACAAUGAAUUGUUUUCUUUGUGUUUUCUUACCUGCUGAUAGAGCUCCUUGUCACUGUUUAUGAACUGGACUAACACAUGGAAAUUAAAGUAAUAUAAAUUACA